GUUCAGUCUUUGCUCUUUAAGCAUACAUGUACUUGUAGUCUGGAACUCGGAGGGCUGUCACCACUUGGACUCAGAGAAUGCAGUUACGGACUACUUUACCCAGAAACCCCAUCGUCGGCAACAAGCUGGCUGAUUUCGCUUUGGGAGUGUUUCCCAUUUAAACAAACACAGUGCGGAAGAUGGCGGAGAGUUAAUAGUGGAGGAAAAAGAAAAUUGUGUGCUCGCCAGGAUACGUUUAAAUUGACGCUAAGAGCCCCUCGGCGCAGCAGUUAGGACCGUCGCCACUGGGGCCUCCUGCUGAGGUGGAGUCGGAGCACCCUUUCUCAGCUCUGUCACAAGACGUCUGGGAGCUGGAUUUCCCCCAUAGACCCCUUGAGGCUUCCCCCAGGCUUAUACCAGGACCAGCAUGGAAGCUACACAGACAGGAUAAUAAGACACUAGCAAAAGCUUAUUGAAGGUGCUGAUAUGUAUACAAGAUGAGCAGUCUAGGAGAGAACUCCUUGGAACCUCUGUGCUCCGACCGGAAACGCAAGCUGUCCACAUGUGACACACCUGGGUUGGGGUGUGACAAGCGGCGGCGAGAGCAGGAGAGUAAGUACAUUGAGGAGCUGGCUGAGCUCAUCUCGGCCAACCUGGGCGACAUCGACAGCUUCAACGUGAAGCCCGACAAGUGCGCUAUCCUCAAGGAGACGGUGCGGCAGAUCCGUCAGAUCAAGGAGCAAGGAAAAGCUUCGUCUAACGAUGACGAUGUCCAAAAAGCUGACGUCUCCUCAACAGGCCAGGGCGUCAUUGACAAGGACCACCUCGGGCCGCUCCUCCUGCAGGCCCUGGACGGCUUCCUGUUUGUGGUGAACCGCGAGGGCAGCAUCGUGUUUGUGUCGGACAAUGUGACGCAGUACCUGCAGUACAAGCAGGAGGAGCUGAUCAACACCAGCGUCUACAACAUCCUCCACGAGGAGGACCGCGAGGACUUCCACAAGAACCUGCCCAAGGCCAGCGUAAAUGGAGUGACGUGGGGGGACGAGGCUCCCCGUCAAAAGAGUCACACCUUCAACUGUCGCAUGCUGGUGAAGUUUGGCCACACCCAUGGCCACGGCCCUUCAGAAGAGACACCGGGCGGUGCCCCCCGCUACGAGAUCAUGCAGUGCUUCGCCCUCACACAACCCAAAGCCAUGAUGGAGGAAGGAGAAGACCUGCAGUCCUGUAUGAUCUGCGUGGCUCGGCGUGUGACGGCCAUGGAGAGGAUCGAGAGCUUCAACACCAAGCACGAGCUGUCAGGCAAGCUGAUCCAGAUAGACCAGAGUUCUCUGCGAGCCACCAUGCGUCCAGGCUGGGAGGACCUGCUGCGCAGAUGCAUCCAGAUGUUCCUGCAGCACAGCGAUGGCCAGCCCUGGUCCCAUAAGCGGCACUACCAUGAGGCCUACCUCCAGGGUCAAGCUGAGACCCCCCUUUACCGCUUCUCCCUGUCCGACGGCACGCCGGUCACGGCUCAGACCAAAAGCAAAAUGUUCCGCCACCCCAUGACCAACGAGCCACAAGGCUUCAUAUCCACACACCUCCUCCAGAGGGAACAGGGUGGCUGUCGCCCGGGCCAGCCCGGUGGCAUGAUGCAGGGGGGCAUGAGGCCGCAGGGCAUGGGCAAUGCCAACCCCAACGCCCAGAUGAACAUGGGGCCCGGUGGGGGCAUGGGGAUGGGCGGCAUGGGCAUGAACCGAGGUUACGGGAUGAACGAGCAGGGCCACAUGGGUCACGUAGGGCAAAUGGGGCAGAUGGGUGGCGGGUAUGGGGGCAAUGCAGGCCCCGGAGGGGGCAUGGGCAACAGGAUGAUGCAGAUGAACCAAAUGAAUCAGAUGAACCAGAUGAAUCAGAUGAAUCAAAUGAGUCAGAUGAAUCCCAUGAAUCAGAUGAACCAGAUGAAUCCCAUGAAUCAGAUGAGUCACCCCGGCCCCGGCAUGCAGCAGGCCCAUCAGCAGCCUCCGUUCCAGGCCAGCGGCGGCUACGGCCUGGGCGGCAUGAACAGCCCCACCAGCAGCCCCGGCAUGAACGGGCCCCAGCAGAACCUACUCAUGUCGCCCCGCAACAAAGGCAGCCCCAAAAUGGGAGCCAGCCAGUUCUCCCCAGGAGGUAUGCACUCCCCCAUGGGUCCAAGCAGUGUGGGUGGAGGCAGUGGUCUGGGUGGAGGUGGGGGCAGCAGCUCCUUCUCCAGCAGCUCUCUAAAUGCCCUGCAGGCCAUCAGCGAAGGGGUGGGGGCCUCCCUGCCCUCCCUGCCCUCGGCCUUGACUGCAGCCUCCCCGGCCCACAAGCCUGACAGCUCCCCCAGCAUCCACUCCACCUCCUCUUCCUCCGCAGCCGCCCAGCCCAGCCAGGCCUGCAGGCCUCCAGUGCCAGGCCACGGUGACUCUAAGAGCCCAGGGGCGGCCUUCGGGUCUGGGCCGGGGGAGCACCACCACCCCCUGCACCACCAACACCACGGCCACCCACACCCCAACGACAGCAGUGGGUCAGAGCGGCCAGACAGCCAAGCACCUGGGGGAAAUAACAAGUCGGAGUCGGGGCCGGAAGGGAGUGGAGAGUCGGGGGCCUCUACCACAGAGCCAGCCAGAAGAGUGCCUGAUGGUAAGGGCCACAAGAAGCUACUGCAGCUCCUGACCUCCCCCACGGAGGAGCUCGGUCUGGGGGUGGGAAACGGGUCAUCGGGGCCCCCGUCGGCUCCCGGCGCUAAUAACCCUGCUGGCAUGGAGGGGAAAGAGGCGGGCUGUGUAACUAGCCCUUCCUCCACGGGUGUGUCCUCCUCCUCCAACCCUCAGAUGGCGGGAGGCGGGGCUCCUGGAGGAAGUGGGCCGGGCUCCCUUGCCAUGAGCUCCUCCCACUACACAGCCUCGCUGCAGGAGAAGCACAAGAUCCUGCACAAGCUGCUGCAGAACGGCAACACUCCCGACGAGGUGGCCAAAAUCACCGCCGAGGCCACCGGGAAGAUCCCCACGGCGCACGAGGCCGCCAUGGCAGCGGCGGCGGCGGCAGCAGCAGGAGGAGAUCUGGGUGGGGCCUCGGGUGGCGGGGCCGGGUCGGCGGGGCCAGGGGCCGGAGGAGCGGGGCCCACAGUGGAGCCCAAGCAGGAGCAGCACAGCCCCAAGAAGGAGAAGACCCACGCGCUGCUCCACUACCUCCUCAACAAGGACGACGCCAAAGAGCCCGCCGACGUCAAGCCAAAGCCCGAGGAGCUGGAGGGGAAGGGGCCCCCUGGGGCCGGCGCUGGGACCCUGGGCUCUGGCCCCACAGCAGAGAGUAUGGAGGGCAAGAUCAAGUCAGAGCCGUCUGAUGAGCUGGAUACUUUCCUGGGAUUGAAGAACUCAGGAGAAUUUCACCCGGAUCAGGGCAUGGGAGGUGUGGCCAGUGAUGGAGGAAACAAGCCCCAAGGGUUUCCUGACGAGGGUGCACAAGGCGUGAGGAGUCCAGCGCUGGGGCCAGGGGGCAGAGUGCCCUUCCAGAGAGCCAUGUCUGUGGACGGGAAGCUGGUGGGUGCAGGGGGGGCGGCCGGCAGACGCAGCGCUCCCAUGCCCAUCAAGCAGGAGAGCCUGGACGGGCAGCGCAUGAUGGGGACGCCGGCCGACAACUUCCCCGGGAACAUGGGUGUGUGUCCGCGAGGCGUUGGAACAAGAAUGAUGAACCGAGGCAUGUCAGUUCCGCAGAGCUCCCCCAUGGGGGGGUCAGGGGACUGGAUGCCCCACUCCAGUGCCAGUCCUGUGGGCUCAGCUGGUGGCCCCCCCUCCAUGGCGCGCCCCCCAGGCAUGGACUACAACUCCAAGGGCAUGAUGGGGGGCCACAUGGUCAGCCGCUCCAACAGCGUGCCCGGCACCAGGUCCAUGCUACAGCAGCAGCUCAUGGAUAUGGGUUCCAGUGAUAUGAAUAUGGGCAUGAGUCAGUUCAAUCAACAGUGUCCAGCCGGCCAAUCACCCUCCUGGUCAGACAAUAUGAUGGGGAUGGACAACAACAGGCGACAGUUUGGGAGCAGCCUGGAUGAGCUGCUGGUCCCUCCAUCCACCAGUGAGGGUCAGAGUGAUGAGCGGGCUCUGCUGGACCAGCUGGACUCGCUGCUCAACACCGACGUCAUUGCCCUGGAGGAAAUCGACCGCGCACUGGGCAUCCCAGACCUCAUCAGCCAGAGUCAGGGAGCAGAGCCUCCAUCUGAGUCCUUCCCUGGCCAGGACCCUUCCAUGGUGAUGGAUCAGAAGCCCAUGUAUGGACAGGGCUACCCCGGCCCCCCUUCCAUGGGCGGCAUGCCUGCGGGGUACGGGGGCGCCCCCAUGCAGGGCCAGCCUCCGCCGGGCGGAUAUGGCCCCAUGAUGAACCAGAUGGGUCAGCAGGGCAGCUUCCCUGGCAUGGGGGGCAGCAUGGCGGGCAUGGGGCCCAUGGGGGGCAUGGGACACCCCCGCGCCAACAUGAUGAGGCCGCGCAUGAUGAGCGCCACCAAACCCAUGAGGCUGCAGCUGCAGCAGAGACUACAGGGCCAGCAGUUCAUGAACCAAACUCGACAGGGCAUGGGCAUGAAGAUGGAGAGCCCUGGGGGAGGCAACCCAGGCAUGAGGCCUGGUAUGCAGCCUGGCAUGGGCAGCCAGCAGGGCUUCCUGAAUGCUCAGAUGCUGGCCCAGCGCAGUCGGGAGAUGAUGACGCUGCAGAUGCGCAGGCAGAGGAUGAUGAUGCUCAUGCAGCAGCAGCAGCAACAGCAGGCGGCCGCCGCAGCCGCCGCCGCCGCCGGGGGCUUCAGCCCCCCGCCCAACGUCACCGCCCCCACAGGCAUGGACUCGCCCAUGGGAGGACCCCCCAUGGGUCAGGCCGGACAACAGCAGUUCGCCUACGGAGGGAGUUAUGGUAUGGGCCAGCAGGGUGACCCCUCGUUUGCACCGUCUGGUGCCAGCCCCCCCAACGCCAUGAUGUCAGGCCGUCUCGGACCUCCACAGAAUCCCAUGAUGCAACAGCAUCCACAGGGAGGCCCCAUGUACCAGACGGCCGACAUGAAAGGCUGGCCACAGGGAGGCAUGAGCCGGAAUGGGUCGUACGGACAGCAGCAGUUCAGCCAGCAGGGCGCUGGGGGGCAGUACGGGGGUAUGAUGAUGAACGGGGGGAUGGGCGCUGGCGGAGGUGGGGGGCAUAUGGGCCAGAUGCCCGGCCAGAUGAACAUGAACCCAAUGAUGAUGAGCAGGAUGCCCAUGGGCCCUGAUCAGAAAUAUUGCUGAGACAUGCUGAGAGGAAUGGAGACACUGUGAACCCCAGUAUGAGAGACUCCAGGGCUUGCAGGCCUACAUGACUAUCUACUCACCGGGUUUCUCACCUGGAAACAUAUGGCCAGAUACCACAGUCACUCGUGCACACACACACACACACACACACACACACACACACACACACACACACACACGUUUGUAAAUCUGAGACACUGUGACAUACACACAUCAGUAAAAAAAAAAAAACACACACACACACACAUACAUCCAGACAUCAGCCAUCAGUCUUCAGAAGCUAUCUCAAGUGUUGUGGGGUCUUCAGUCUCUUGACAAUUUUUCUUAGUGAUGGAGAAGUCACAGAGCCACAGUUCCUGCUGGACCAAACAAUAUGAGCAGGAUCGGUUUGAACCGGAGCAGCCCCCGUACGAAAUGACCUAGAGGAGAGACUAGUCUCCUCGCUCAUUUUAGAAUGUAUAAAUGUCAUGCUGUGUUUGACAGCUCUGGGUUUGCCAUGGCACGCCCUGUUUUUAGUGCUGAGUGAAGGUACCACACAGAGAGAAAAUCAUUUGGCGGUGAUUGCACUUUACAGGGAAAAAGAAAAAAAGGCUGGCUCACGGCGAAAAAGGAUUGUUGCAAUAUUUCUCUGUCAUUUUUGUCUCAGCCUUAUUGGAGGAUGAAUCAGAGUUUUGUAAGGGGGUCUAGUUUUCCCUCUCUGUAAUGAAGAUGUCUGUUUUGGUUUGGGGGAAGGGAAGGGAAGGGGGGACACGAAAAGAUGGAAACCCAGAAAGCACAGAGUUUGUCUAGUUAUGCAGAUGUAAGCAAUAAUCUUCCCCCUUUGGCUUUUUUUACUACAGAGCAUUAUGUGGAGUGUCAUCUACUCAAAGGUACUGCAGUAUUAGAUGUGAUGUCAGAAUUGGAGUUUUUCCUUCUCGUCUGUGAAUACAAAUUGUAAAAAGGCUUAAAAUGUACUAUAUCCGCUUUUGUAGGUCACAUACUGUUUUUGCACAGACUGUAAGUCUUGAUAUUUAAAAAGUAGGAUUUUUUUUGUGGUUAUUUUACUCUGUGUUGUAGGUCAAUACAGCUUUCAUUGCCGAUAUGUCAAAACGUAGAGAAGGUGGAAGGCUGUUUUAAAGUCAGAAAGGCAUUUUUUUUCCUCACCUUCAAAAAGCCACUUUUUAUCCUUCAGAAGGCACUUUCUAUUUCCGAAGUUUCAAUGCUUUUUUUUUUUUUUUGUCAUCCAUCAACAGUUUCUGGAGAUAGUGCAGUUUCAAGUGGCAGUAUAGCGUAAACCUUUGAAAGAGUUGAAAGAAUCCCUUUUUAAACCUUGAAUGAUAUUUACAAAAUCUAUAUAAAUCUAUAUUGAAGGAGGGCACCGUGUUGAGUUUGAGAUGGCGGGUGCCAGGAAGUAGAGGUUUGUGCUGGAGGAUGGUAGGAGGGCUUGAGGAGGGAAACCCCAAAGGGUUCAGACCCCUGGAUAUGCUGAUGAAAUGCACCAUUCUGGACCCCUCUCUGCCUCCUCACUAACCUUUUUGCUCAGUUUUGGUUUUUCUUUUCAUUUUUUGUGUUUUUUUUUAUUGUUUUUUUUAAUUUAUUUUUUACCAAUGCCUCUGAUCUGAUAUAGGAAGCAAUGGAUGAGAACAUAUUAUUGCCCUGAAUGAAGAGGUUUCAGUUGUUGUCUUCAGGUCUGUUGGGACAUUUCCGGGUGACCAUUGAUAAUUUUUCCUGAAUUUGUAUUUUAUUUCUUGCCCUCCUGCUUUGUAUUUGAAAAUAUUUUUGAGGAACCUACCGACUCAGAUGAAAGGCAAAAUCCAAAGAGGUUUUCUGUUGUAUUUUCAGCUGCAUAAGUAGUUUCUGAAAUUGAUGUCUUCAUGUAGAGAUUGACCUGUGUGGAAAAGCCCCAUAAAGACUAGAUUUUGUUUUGUUUUUGUUUGUGAAGAUUUUUUUUUCACACAAAUAAUGUGCUCCUGUCUUGAACACAUGAGAUUAAGCCUUUUACAAUGUGGAUUUCCUCUGUCCAUUUAAAUAUUGGUUAUCUGAUAUGUGUUUUGGUCAAAGGGUUUUAAUUAUUGUGGACAAACUGAGGUGGAUUGUCAUUUUAAGAAAACUGGUUUGAUUUUACAGAGGUAUUUGAUGGAAAAGAUUUGUUUUAUCUCAAAGUGAAUACUGUAUAUUCAGGAAGGUAGAAGAAUGUUUUUUGCCCCCUGCAGUUCAUGUUUAAAAAAAAAAAAAAACAAUGUCCGAGAAUGGAUUGAUAUGGUUGAUCAUUAAACUUGAUUUGAAUAGGAAGAAAAAGAGCAGAAAUAAUAUGUGAAAAACAUAUUUCUACUUUGCGGUUGUACAUUACUGUUGCGUUUUUUUCUUGUUCCUCGAUGUUAAUAUUGAUGUAAAUACAAAUUUCUAUUUAAACAUUA